UGUUCAGUGAGGGAAGCGGCUCCUCUGGUGUUGGUUCAGCCCUGUGCUGAGUCUUUCAGGCGGGGCAGGGGGGCGGUGCUGGCCCUGCCCCUCUCCCCAGGCCCAGCACUCCGUAUGCCUGCCUCGGCCCCGCCACUGCCCGGCAGGGAUGGAGGUGUAGACGAGCCGCAGCAUGCUCACUGACAGCGGGGAGAGGCAGCGAUGAGGAGGACACCCGGAGUGGAGCAGCCAUGCGGCGCGGAGCGGGCCGGGCCAUGAGGACAGCCUGGAUCCUGGCUGCGAGCCUCCUCAUCACGGCUCGCACUGCCGGGGGAUCCCCGCUGCUCCCGGAGCCGGAGGUUUUUCUGGAGAAGUUUGGCUAUCUGCACCAGGACAACCACCUACACAAUGCGGUGGAGGUGCGGUCAGCCGUCCGCGACUUCCAGUGGUUGUCCUGGCUUCCCGUCACGGGUGAACUCGACAGCGCCACCCUGAGGCAGAUGACAGAGCCCCGCUGUGGGAUGUCGGACGAGGGCAGCCAGCAUAUCUGGGCCAAUAGAGUGACCGCCAUCUUUACCGGAAAGAGGGCGGCAGUGGGGCGGCCUCAGAGCCGCAGGAAGCGCUAUGCCACUUCAGUGGAGAAGUGGUACAAGCGUCACCUGACCUAUCAGAUCGUGAACUGGCCUCGCCAUCUGUCUCUGGGCUCUGUGCAGCUGGUGGUGCGUGCAGCGUUCCAGCUGUGGAGCAACGUGUCGGGCCUGGUCUUCCAGGAGGCCCCUGAGGGACCCGCAGACAUCCGCCUGGCGUUUUACGAGGGCGACCACAACGACGGGGCCAGCAACGCCUUCGAUGGACCAGGUGGAACGCUGGCUCACGCCUUCCUGCCCCGCCGUGGUGAAGCUCACUUCGACAUGGCAGAGAGGUGGACGCUGAACGGACACAAGGGACACAACCUGUUCAUGGUGACCGCCCACGAGAUCGGACACACCCUGGGGCUGGAGCACUCCCCGGUGCGACACGCUCUGAUGUCACCGUACUACAGGAAACUCGGACGCAAUCUGGUGCCGAGCUGGGACGACAUCAUCGCGGUGCAGCAGCUGUACGGUAAGCCUACAGGUGAGCGCCCGGUGAGGCUGCCGGGUCAGGUGCUGCACGCCGCCCUGCAGCAGUGGGAGUUCACCGAGCUUCACAACAGGCACAAGACCACAGAGCAGCCUCUCUACUGCCAGGGCGUCUUCGAUGCCAUCACCAUGGACCAGAAUGACACGGUGCUGGUGUUUCGGGCCGGCGUGUACUGGACGGUGUCGGCUGAUGGCAGCGUGAGCGACCCGCUGCCCCUCCGUCAGCGCUGGCCCGACCUCCCUCCCGCCAUCGAGGCCGCUGCCUUCUCUCCACUGGACUCCAAGUGGUACUUCUUCAAAGGGAAGCGGAUGUGGCGCUACACGGGGAACCGUCUGGACUCCGGCUUCCCGAAGAGGAGCAGCGAGCUGGGGCUGCCCCACCACCCGGACUGUGCCUUCUUCUACGCCCCGCUGGGUCACAUGGUCCUCUUCAAGGGCUCCCGCUACUCGGUGCUCAACCUGCGGACCCUGCGCCAGGAGCCCUACUACCCCCGCAGGCUGGCGGACUGGACCGGGGUCCCACAGGGGACCAACGGGGCCCUGACGCGUUCGGGGGGGCGCCUCUAUCUGUUCAGGGAGCAGCGGUUCUGGAGGUUCGAUCCGCUCAAGGUGCGGGUCACCAGGGAGGGUCAGUGGGCUCAGGACCUCAGCUGGACCGGCUGCAGCAACACGCCUCAGAGCAAUAACAUUCUGUGACCAGCAGGUGGAGCUGUAAGCUUGAGAUAAAGUGCAAUUGGUUGAUGUGUUGACUGUAAAAUACCGAAAGGUGGUACUGUUUGUUUUUUUGUGUCUAAAACCCACAUUGAGUUUAUAUGUUGUAAAAGUCUUUUUAAGUCUGGCUCAAAAGGUCAUAUCUCAAAAGGGUUGCCGUUGAUUUGUAUAUUUUGAAGCACAUACAUUAUUUACACUGCCGAGAAUUAUUAUUACUGUAUAUGGAUGUGCAAUUGUAGCGUUUUUAUACAGUUUAAACAAUAGCAGGACUGUGCAUGCAGAUCAACAACUGUUUGUAUGUGGGGACACUACACAGACUUUUCAUCUUUUAAAUCCAUAUGUUUUCCACCUGUAGUAUUUACACACUGACAGAGAAACUAACACACCUGUACUUAAACCAUCUCGUCCAGUGUCACUAACACAUGUAAGAAAUUGUAGAAAUAAUUCACUUAAGCCUGUGAUUGUGUGCAGCCAUUAGUUGCUCAUUGACAAUAUGCUGAAUUCAUUAUAUAAAGUGUAGGCAAGUGUAGGAGAACAGGUAGGUGAGUCAUCAAGUGUGAUGGCAGGUAGAUGUAAAUAUUAUAACAAAGCUGACAACAGUUUCUAUCACAGACUUAAAGAUGGACGACUUGUCACCGCCUCUUCCUGCUAUCCAGAAAUCAGGCCAAAAUAUCCCAGAUACGAAUGCCACCAUCUUGCCCCAAGGACGUAAUUUGAAGCCAGAGUCUGAGCAGUAGCGUUUGGGGGUGGAGCCACGUCAGCAAAGUCCCUCUUAUGUCACUCAUGACGUUUCAAACCAUUUUGCUUGAAUAACUAAUUAAAACAAAACUUAUAGAACACUUAAACCACCUAGAAAUGAACAUGCUAUCUAACUAAAAUUAUUUGACAUGUUCUUUGACUUUUAAGUUCGGUCAGUGUCCCGAAGAGGAAGGAUGUAUGACCUAUACUGCAGCCAGCCACCAGGUGGCGAUCCAGACAGUUUUGCUUCACUUUUGGGAGGUGUCGUCAGUCUUUAUAUUCAGUCUAUGGUUUCAACAGUGUGAUGCAUAAAAGAGAUGUGAAUUCUGUUCAAAAUAUCCAGCACUGCACUAUAAAUGUAGAUCACCAGCUAACUCACUGUACCCACAGCUACUGAAUUCUAAAAUACCUGAUUAUUACUGUUUCUUUAUAAUUUAACAACAUGAAGCCAAUUUUCUUUAACGGUCUUUAAUUCUUGGUCCAAAAAUAAUUUCUCUGCAUCACUGAACAUUGGAGACACUGAACAUUGUCACAGUUGAUUCUCCCUAACUCAGCAUUCUUCUCUUUUUCCAGUAAGACCCAUUAACUGUAAACAAAUUCACAUGUUGGAGCUGCACUGCGCAUCCACUGUCAUAUAUCAUAUUGACCAGUAGCAGCUCAUACUGUACAAUAUUCACUCAUAUGCAUUUGACUCAGAAACUGGCCACAAUCCACAGAUUAAGUCCAGAGGGAAAGUUUUAACAUAAUGUGUGUAGGAGACCAAACCAAAGUAGAGAAAAAUCAUUUAACCUCCCCCCUCUACCUAAUAUAAUGUUGUCUUUAAUUAGACUAGUCUCUAAACAGAUUUAAUCACUGCAAUGAUGCUGUGCACUGUGCAAAGUGUGUGUGUCGUCUGCUGCCAUCUGUUGUGUGUGUGUGAUCAGUCCAAUACUUGCAUCUUAAGUUUUCACUUAGGAUAAACUCUGCUGAUCCCUCAGUUUACUGCAGACUAACUGUAAUUAACAUUUCUCAGGCUUCAGGCUGAGCACACAUUUCAGACACCUUACAUAAUAAUGGUUAAUAUCAAAAUGUUCUUCUGUCUGGUCAUUUAAAAAUCCCUUUCAGCAGUGGGCGGAGGAAAAUAUUAUAAUCUGUGAAAAUUAAAUGUACUUCCCAACCAUAAUUUGGCCGACCCAUCAUGUCUACUUUACAACACAAAUACGAGAACAAUGAUCAUUUGAUGUGCAUUUAAACAAAUGCUAUGAAAAACCACUGGGUUUGAGUUAAAAGGUAAAGUUCUGUUCUGUGACAGACUGCCAGUGCUGCAGUGUGAAGAGUAAUCAGAUUAAAUCAGAUUUCUAAUCCUCAUCAACAAAGAGCUCCUACCCAAUAAGAUCAUUAUCUGUUUUAAGGGUAAUCUAAAAAUAAAAGAUUGUCUAUCUGAGAAAUGUCACAAAGAACUAAACUGGCCUUACAUCCCUUACAGUAACACAUUCAAAACAUAACCUUCAUGUUAACUAUUCACCGAGCUACAUGUUAGAGCAAUAGCUGCACAGAUCACAGUGUGUAUGAUCUACAUAGAAGUAAUUUGGACAAUAAACAAUCUUCAACAAGGUAAAAUACAGGGUGAUAAGAUAUUUAACAGUCUUAUUAGCUUCACUCAUCUUGUGCCGCUCUUUGAACAGUAAGGUAGGAUGUGGCACUGUUACAAGUCACACCAUUUUAAGAGUUCAUACAUUAAGACACUGGAGUGGAAAGAUACUCGUGCAGCUGAACUUUGGUUUCCCGAACACGACAUGUCCUCCUUUUAAACUUCAGAUCCUCUUAAAGGUGUCUCAUCUUCUCCACGUGAUAUGUUUGUAAUUGCACUGUGAUUAUUAACACAGCAUGUGGCACAGGGGCAGCAUUUUAGAUGAAGAACUCAUCUAGUGGCUCCUCAUUGUCUGUGCGUGCUGAUAGCAGUGCAGCCGGAGUCCUUUUCUCAACCACAGGCCCUUUGAAGGGACUCUUCGCUUCGCUAGUCCUGCUGUUACAACCCUCCCUGCCUCCAUUUGUAAAAGCAGCAGAGCCCCGCGUCCUGGAGGGGCCCUGAGGCAGUGUGUGUGUCUGUGGCAGACACUCCCUCAACUCCCUGGCAAGACUCUCCACAGCGGAAGCCCCAACGGCUGCAGGUCUGUCCGAGUGAAAAGUCAUUAAAAGGUCUACGGAGGCAGAGCGGGUGAUGGUUUUGACCGUCGCAUCAGAGCAAGGUGAGAUGGGAACUCCCGUGUCUACGUUGGUCUCUGGCUCCUCCUCGUCCUCUUCCAGGAGGAGAUGGGAGAGCGAGUGGGUGAUGGAGGGGCGCUGAGGAGAGUCAGGUGGAUUGGAGGAGGAGGGCGGGGCGGGGCUGCUGUGCUGGGAGGAGUAACAGGAGCUGCCUGGAGGGGUGCUGCAGCAGCUGCCUGAUCCCAGGCUCUCUGCUCCAACUCCUCCUCCUCCUCCAUGCUGCUUGUCCAGGAGAGGCCUUUGACCUAAGAGCAGCAAGACACAACAAGCAGCAUCAUAAAUGUAAUGUGCUCCAAUUUGAUUCAACAUCUGUAAUUAUCGUGUGUGGUCUCUUUGAGUUGUGUCAAUUCAAGUUGUCGGUAGAAAGAAGGUUUCCUCGAAGGAAAUAUGUGUGUGGUAUGUUUUAAUUAAAAUAAAUGAAACAUUUUUAAUAUCA